CCGUGAGUAGUACAUUUUUAACUAAGGAAAGAAACUGUUAGGAUGUUUCAGAAAGUGAUACUUCUGUGUAUCGUCCUCACUUGGAUGACAAAUGAUGUACAUGGUUGUUCAUGUUUUGGUUUACAGCACCCCCAAUCGCAAUUUUGUUCAGCUAACUAUGUAUUCUACGGCAAAGUUACAAAGGAGACGUUAAUACCAGGCCCACCAGAUGAUACUGCAAACAACUUUGCGAUCUGGAAGUAUACAUUUAGCAUUAUUUAUAAAAUGAAGGGGGUGACAGAAUCUGUUGGUCAAGAUGUUGUUAUAGAGACAAGAGGAAAUGGUGCGCUCUGUGGAGUACGUUUUACCGUCGGAGAGUCUUAUAUUCUAAUGGGAAGAACAGGCUCCGAUGGAAAAAAGUCUAUUGGAUUGUGUAAUUAUAUCAGACAACUGAGCAGUCUGUCACCUUACCAAACGUUUUACAUGUUUACAAGAGGUGUUAAUUCUUACAAUUUAAACUGUAGAAGGAGAUGCGACAAAAUAAAUCCAGAUUCAACCGGUUGUAAAUAUGAGACUGGUAAAAAUGAUAAGCUUACCAUUUGCCUGGCCAAGAAUGCUCUGUGCAAACGGGAAAGAAGACGGUGUCGUUGGGUUAAUAAUGAAACAUGUUAGAGUGGUAAAAAAAUCAAUCAAUUUGUACGUCAAUAUAAAUCAAUUAUAUAUAAAACUAUUAAUCAGACUUUCUGAUGUACUUGUAAAUGAGUAAUUUAUCGUUAAAAUAUUGUUGUUUAAAUAUUUUUAAUUGCCAAGCUAAUAUUGUAAUUCCAUGAGGUAAAAUAAAUAUAAAAAAACAAAUUUCAAGGACAAUUCAAAAUGAUAAGUCCCUUAUCAAAUGACAAAAUCAAAAUCCGGAAUUUAGCAAACUAUUUGAAGAAAAAGUGUCAUAUUCCUGACCUGGUACCGGUAUUUUUGUUUUCGAAAAUGGUGGGUUUAACAUGUUUGUUCAGCCUGUAAAGUAGAUCUACAAAAAGAAUCACUAAAUUGACAAUAUUUCACGUUUUAGACACGUGGCAAAUGUGUACCAGGAUCUGAUAGCCUUCCGGCACACCUUAUACC